AGUCAACAUAUCCAGCAAUGAAUCAGAACUAAGGAAUGAGACACACCCCGUGUUUCAUGUGAAGCGACAACACUUAGCAGAGUAGGUGUGACAGAGCUCCACCCUUCAACUGACUCACCUGAGGCAAAAACCAGGAAACAUAGAGAGAUCGAGAUACAAAAGGAAAAACAGGAUCAGAUUCACCUUCAGACCACACUAACAACUUCCUCUGAGUGAGUUCAGCUACAGGAGAGAAAAGUGGAAAACUACAACACUGCUGAAGCUUCCCUCAGAGACAAAAUGGCUUCCAGAUCAGAGGAGGAUCUCUGCUGUCAGGUCUGUCAUGAUGUCUUUAGAGAUCCUGUUGUUCUGUCAUGUAGCCACAGCUUCUGUAAAGACUGUCUGCAGAGCUGGUGGACAGAGAAACCAACACAGGAGUGUCCAAUUUGUAAGAAAAUAUCUUUGUAUGAACCGCCUUGUAACCUGGUGUUAAAGAACCUGUGUGAGGCCUUCUUACUGGAGAGAGAUCAGAGAGCUUCUGAGGGUCUCUGCAGUCUGCACUCUGAGAAACUCAAACUUUUCUGCCUGGAACAUCAGCAGCCAGUGUGUGUCGUCUGCAGAGAUUCAGAAACACACUCCAACCACAGAAUCAGACCGAUCGAUGAAGCUGCACGUCAACACAGGAAGGAGCUUCAGAAAACACUGGAGCCCUUAAAAGAGAUGUUAAAGGUUUUUGAACAAGUUCAAGUGAAGUGUGAUCAAACGGCAAAACACAUGAAGGUCCAGGCCCGAUGCACAGAGAUGCAGAUUAAGGAGCAGUUUAAGAAGCUUCACCAGUUUCUAGAAGAGGAAGAGGAGGCCAGGAUGGCUGCUCUGUGGAAGGAAGAGGAGCAGAAGAGUCAGAGGAUGAAGGAGAAGAUGGAGGCUCUGAGCAGAGAGAUAGCAGCUCUUUCAGACACAGUCAGAGCCACAGAGGAGCAGCUGAGAGCUGAAGACGUCUCAUUCCUGAUCAACUACAAGGCUGCAGUGGAAAGAGUCCAGCAGCGCCCCCUGCUGGAUGAUCCACAGCUGCUCUCAGGAGCUCUGAUAGACGAGGCCAAACACCUGGGCAACCUGAGCUUCAACAUCUGGAACAAGAUGAAGGACAUGGUCUCCUACACUCCUGUGGUUCUGGAUCCAAACACUGCUAAACCCAACCUUAUCUUGUCUGAAGAUCUGACCAGUGUGAGACUAGGAAAGAGACAGCAGCUUCCUGAUAACCCAGAGAGGUUUGAUAAAUACCCCUAUGUCUUGGGCUCUGAGGGCUUUAACUCAGGGACUCACAGCUGGGAUGUCAAGGUUGGAGACAGUACAGACUGGGUACUGGGUAUGUUAGCAGAGUCUGUCCAGAGGAAGGGAGACAAACUGUCUGGAUUAUGGGGAAUAGGAUUCUAUCAAGGCAAAUACUCAGCACGGUCACUACCAGAUCCAGCCACUGAUCUCGUAGUGCAGAAGAAGCUCCAGAGGAUCAGAGUGACUCUGGACUGGAACAGAGGAAAGCUGUCGUUCUCUGAUGCUGAUACUGACACACACAUACACACCUUCACACACACUUUCACUGAGAAGAUGUUUCCAUUCAUUAGCACUUGGGAUAUUGUCCUACUGAAGAUAUCACCAGUGAAGGUGUGUGUGACAGUGGAGCAGAGCAGUUAGAGAUAAAGAGGAUGAUUAUAUUCAUGAUGUUUAUUUAUUAAAGGGAAAAGUCCCUGAAUUUAACCUCUUAAUCUGCACCUGUCCUUCUAAUGUUUUUGUUUGUUUAAAGUACAGUAUAUGUUUUACUUUAUUUUUGUUUACCUAUUUUUUGUAAUUCAUCUAGCUGACACUUUUAUCCAAUUGAUUUACAAUACAACCCAAAAAUUGCAAGAAUUCUGCAUAAAUAUUAUCUUUAUUAAAUAUUUUAUUAAACUGCUUCAAGUGGUGCAGUCAAAAGCAAGUUUUUUUUUCAUGUGUAAAAUGAUUUCAUUUAGUUUUGAUCUUUUGGUUCAUUUAGCCUUUUGCUUUUUAUCAAUACUGUUUUUAUUUUAAAUUGCUGUUCAUGUUUUAUUAGUUUGGCUAGUGUGGGUAGAGCCAGGAAGACAGAAAACACUUUGGAGAAGCUGAUUUGAUCACAAAAAAAUAAAAGAUUAUUCACUUAUCAGUAACUGAAUGUUUGAGCAGCCAACCAUUAUUUAAAUCAAACUUUAUUUUCAAUUCUAGUCCAGAUUAUAGAAAUAUUAAAAUCAAUGUUUAAUUACAUUAAGUGUCUUUAAAAUUUUCCAAAACAUAUGAACAAUUUUCUGUUUAAUGUAAUAAAGAAAAUUUAGUUUCAUUCAGUUUCCAUCAGUUGAAUUCUGCUGUUAGUCAUUUAAUCAGAGGAGGAGUCCUUCUAUUUAAGGUGGACAUGUCAGUUUUAAGGUGGACAUGUCAGUUUUAAGAUGGAUGUCUCAGUUUGGGUUCAGAAUGUAUGUAUUGUUGGUGAUUUAAGAACAGACAAUGCUGAUUGUAAAUUAAUUCCUGUUUUUUAACAACAUAAUAAAACGUUGUCUUUU